GGAGUGUGUGAACUACAGCGUCACCCCGGAAAUGAAGUCCGCACUCAGUUGCCAUCGCGCGAGUUUUGCACGUGUGCCGCAGUGACAGAGAGCUGAAGAUGGCCGCCGAGCUGCAGAGUUUAAUAUUAAAGCUGUUUGACGUGCAGGCGGUGAAGUUCGGCGCGUUUAAGCUGAAGAGCGGCCUGAACUCCCCGAUUUACUUCGACCUGCGCGUGAUCGUGUCUUAUCCCGAUUUAAUGAACCAGGUGUCAGCGCUGCUCCAUCAGCGUGCUGAGGAAGCCGGAGUGAAGUUCGACUGUGUGUGUGGAGUCCCGUACACGGCUCUGCCUUUAGCCACCAUCAUCUGCUCCACACACAACUACCCCAUGCUCAUCCGCCGCAAAGAGGCCAAGGACUACGGAACGAAGCGUCUGAUUGAGGGCACGGUGCGUCCGGGUGAAGUCUGUCUGAUCGUGGAGGACGUGGUGACGAGUGGCGGCAGCGUCAUGGAGACGGCGCAGGAGCUCCAGGCUCAGGGGUUAAAGGUCACGGACGCCGUGGUGCUGUUGGACCGCGAGCAGGGCGGUACAGAGCGACUCUCCAGCGAGGGGAUCUCUCUCCACCCCGUCGUCUCCGUCUCUCAGCUCCUGGACGUUCUUGUCCGAUCGGGCCGAAUCGACCAGCAGACCUUCAGCAGCGUGGAGAAGUUCAUCCAGGAGAACCAGACGUUCACGCGGGCGGGGGAGGAGAAGGAGAAGGACAAGGAGAAGAACGGGAGCGGAGAGAUGAGUUACGGCGCCCGGGCCGCUCUCUCCUCCACACACCCCAUCGCCAAGCGUCUGUUCACGCUGAUGGAGGAGAAACACACCAACCUGUGCGUCUCUGCGGACGUCACACACACGCGUGAGCUGCUGGAGCUGGCGGAGACACUCGGGCCGCUCAUCUGCGUGAUGAAGACACACGUGGACAUUCUGCAGGACUUCAGCACCGACGCCAUCGACAAGCUGAAGGAGCUGAGCGACAAACACAACUUCCUCAUCUUCGAGGACAGGAAGUUCGCCGACAUCGGAAACACCGUCAAACACCAGUACGAAGGUGGUGUGUAUCGUAUCUCCUCGUGGUCGCACAUGGUUAACGCUCACGCUGUGCCCGGCCCGGGCGUGGUCGCGGGGCUGAAGGCUGUGGGGCGGAGCCUCGGUCACGGCUGUUUACUCAUCGCCCAGAUGAGCUCACAGGGAGCGCUGACGACCGAGCAGUACACACACACCACGGUAAAGAUGGCGGAUGAUCACCCGGACUUUGUGUUCGGCUUCAUCAGCGGGUCGAAGGUCAGCACUAAACCGGAGCAUGUUCACAUGACCCCAGGAGUACAGCUACAGAGCGGAGGAGACGACCUCGGGCAGCAGUACACCACCCCGGACGAGGUCAUUCGCUCUAAAGGCUCUGAUGUCAUCAUCGUUGGACGGGGAAUUCUGUCGGCCUCGGACAGGCGGAAGGAAGCGGAGAAGUACAGGGAGGCGGGAUGGGAGGCGUAUCUCAGCCGACUGUCUUUAUCCUGAUAACCAGAUCACAAUAAACCCACAUUCAAUCCUUAA